GCCGGAAGGCCGCCGCAGACUUUCACGGCGUCGCUCGCUAGUAUAUAAAGCUCGCGCCGCCGACGCUGGGGCACAGUUCAUAGCAGCUGAUCACCAACACCACAACUGCCAUGAAGGUCCUGCUGGUUCUGAGCGCCGUGCUGGCCGCCGCCGCGGCCAAGCCGGGCUACCUGGGCGCCGCCCACGGGCUGGUGGCGGCGGCGCCCGCGCUGGCCUACGGCGGCGUGCACGCGGGCUACGCGGCCUACGGUCCCGCGCCCGUGGCCGUGGGGCCCGGCGGCUACCUGCUGGACACGCCCGCCGUGGCGGCCGCCCGCGGCGCCCACCUGGCCGCCGUGGCGCAGACGCGCGCCCGCGACGCCGCCGUCGCCCACCUCGCCUACGCCGCCGCCCCCGCGCUCGGCCUGGGCUACGGCCACGGGCUCGCCUACGGCGCCUACGGCCACGGCCUCGGCUACGGCUACGGUCACGGCUACCACGGCUAACUCCCGGCGCCCCUCAGCUCCGUCCCAGCCCACCACCGUCGAAACAACAUGUUGAUGAAUAUUUUUGUACAAAAUAAUUUAUAAAUAUAGUUGAGCAAUGAAACCAGA